CCGGUGACGUUUAGUUCACAUUUUGUUUACUUGAGAACUACUCAGGUUGUAUUCAAAUUUAGUUGGUCAUUUCAUGUUGACCAGUGGAAAAAGUUGGUCAAGUUAGACAGAAUAAAUGGAUUAUUAAGAUUGUUAUCAGCAGGUCCCAAGCUUUACAUUUGAGGAUUCAGGGAUUCGACGACUGAAUAAUAUCUACAGUCCGAGGAAUCGAUUUCGAAAAAUACCGGAAAGCAUUUGCUAAGUAAGGACUGAAUUUGAUUAAGCCAAUAUUUAAUUCAUCAUGUGUAACCCAAAGUGCAGUAAAGUUGCCUUGAUUAUAAUCAAUAUUAUAUUCAUUUUGCUUGGACUUGGUCUGCUAAUUCCAGGAAUCUUAGUGAUCAUAAACGACGAUGGAAUCAACGACAAAGUAUUACCAGCAUUGCAGACUGUCGAUUUUGGAGUUUCGAAUUUUGGUGACCUUGCCAAAGGACUUUCUAUUACACUUAUUGUAAUGGGGUCUUUUGUGUUGGUUCUGUCGUUGUUGGGUGGAUGUGGCGCGUGUUGUGAUUCUAAAUUGCUUUUGACGAUAUAUUCAAUUGUAGUUGUCAUUCUGUUCAUCGGAAAGCUGGUCAUAGUAAUAUUGUGGAUUGUAUUCAAAGCUGACGUAGAAACUAAGUUGAAAGAUAAAAUGAAAGAAGGACUUCUGGAAUUUACGACCGAUGACCUUACAACUCACGAAGUCUCAACUGGAUGGAAUUACCUGAAUAUGAACUUUGAGUGUUGUGGUAUUGAUGCUGUCACUGGUACAGGAGCGGCCAAUAAUGAUUACCAUAACUCUGCAUGGUAUCAGGGAACAGGAUCUACAGAGCUUCCCUUAUCUUGUUGUCCCUCGGCUACAUCAUCUUCAUACACCAGUACAUGUACAUUUACUAAAUCCAGCGCCCCUUCUGGACAACAUGCAAAGGGCUGUUACAAUGCAUUGAAGGACUUUGCAGAUAAAUAUUCAAUUGCAUUCAUAUGUGUUGGCGUCUUCAUUUUGCUAGUUGAGGUGGUAGCAGUGAUUUUUGCAUGCUCGUUGUGCAAAAACAUAGGCAAGGACCACGUUGUAUAAAGCUUCCCUGCCAUACACAGUUUCAAGACAACUGUUAGCGUGUGUUGGAAGAAUUAGUCUUAAAACUUGCAGAAAACAAUAUUUAUUGAUAUUUAAUAUUUCAUUAUAUAUUCUUAUCAUUGCUAAAUGCAAAUAGAUUUAAUUCAAUGAUUAACAUUACAGAAAACUAUAUAUUACAGUUUGAGGUUAAGAAAAGUGGUUCAACAUUUAUAAAGUGGCCAAUCAGUUUAAUGUAUUGAUAAGACAAUUCUUAAUGUUACAAAUUGAUGAAAAACCAUAAAAAGGGUCAUAGAUCAUACAGUUUUUAAUGAAUUGUUAAUAUCCGACAAUAAUCAGAAAAUAGAUUAUAUAUUAAGAAAUUAUGAGGAUAGUGAAAGUUUAAAUCCUUGGUGUUUUAUAAAUUGUUCAUCUCUUUGCUAAUGCAUUUCACGAUCAAUAGUUAUUUUCGCAUCUAUAAUUUGUUUUUAAUGUACAUAUUGAUGGCUAGUUAUCGCUGCCGUUUGUAAAUACAUUGAUUUAAGUUUGAAAUAUAAGAGAAUUCUUGAGUUGUUUCUGGAGUCGUCUGUGGUCAACAAUUUAGAAGUUUGUCAAUGAUACUUGGUAGUCAGUUGUAUAAGCAUUUGGCAUGUCACAAUUCAUUGAAGAUUAUUUAUCUCUGUCUCUCAGUCAUGGCUUUUUAUAACUUUUUGUAUAUAUGUAGUAAUUAUCCGUCCAUAGUACACUGUUUCGGUACUUACAGCCUUUUUAUUGCCAUUAAAUAAUAAGCGCAGUGGGAUUUUUUUUAUUCA